AUGUCCUCCUACUCUCGUUCUACCGCGGCCGUUCGGGCGGCGCCCCAUGCCCUGCACCGACUCCUUGUUGAAGUCGCCAACCUUCUCAAUGACACAUACGACCGCUACCUUGCUCAAGUCGCAAGCAACCCCCCUCUGUAUAAUGCCCUCAUCGCUAUCCGAGGGGCCAAUGGUGCCCUCUCCGAGGUGAAGAAGUCACUCCUUCUCAUCGAAAAGAUGGAGGAGCGACUCACCAAAGCACGACGCCAGCUCACACUAUCGCUCGACUCAACAGUGGACAUCCUCGCCCGUUCUCCAUUAGGGACUCAGAUCUCCGGUCAUUGGUACAAACUCCUACCCUCGUUACCUCCUCCCGGCAUUCGCUCUCCGGCCCCUGUCCCCAUCCCUAGCUCCGAACAAGAUCACAGUAGUGAUGGUGAUGACGACACCGACGAUGACACUCCCCCUGCCUUGCACCCCCUCUCACCUCCGUCCUAUCACCACGGACGUCUUUCCCAGUCCUCUAGUCAAUCCUCCAUUCCUCCCAGGCUCAGAAACCAUGAGCGUUCUGCCUCUCCCCCUCCUCGCCGUCCGUCUUCAGCACGUUCUCUCGAAGACCGCCUCACGUCCCCCUUGCCCUCGGCCUUAGGGCACCCCCUCUCCUUUGCCCCGGACGAUGACAUCUUCGAGAAGGGGUUCCGAGGUUCGCGGGAGGCCUACCUUCACAAGCAGGAGUCGAAGUACGGUCGUGAUAAAGAUGGCGAGGUACGCGAGAUCGACAACUAUCUUGGCCCGCUCAGCGACGAGAACGACGUCUAG